AUGAAAGAAUCUCAUGGACGACGAACGCCAGAAAACGGCAGUUUCCAUGGUUCUCGCAGCAGACAACGGAGCCGAAGUCGGGGCCGUGGCUGGGUUCCUACGCAUUUAGAAGGACAACCUAGUGAAAGACACCAUUCUGCUCUGUCCGUUCAUAGCCAUGAGGGCCCGAGAAACAAAAAUAUACCAAUGGUGUGGGAACAACCAGGGCCCUAUACUAAAGGAGGAAGUGACGUAUCGCCUUUAAUGAUGAUUCGAGAUCAGUACAAUAUCAAGCGCCCACCAUUCGGAUCAGGUAUAGAACGAAACAUUGAGCCAUUAGCAGGGCCAGGUGCGGCACAUCUGACUGCUCCUAGUAAAACUGUUGGAUCUACUCCUGCUUCCAAAAAGCUUGAAUCUUCUCUCUCGCUGAAAUACCAUAGUGAACCUGACGAUGAUUCGGACGAUAAUCACGAUCAACAAACUGAGGUGUGGGAAGGUGUCGAAGGGUUUGUGGAUAACAACUUUUUAAAUGUCCCUCCUCCAGAGAAGCAGAAUAUUAACGAGAUCUUGCUGGAGAUCGACAAUUUUCAAAGCAAAUUUGUCCAAAAAUAUAACGCGUACGCCCCAAAUGGGUACGAAAAGACUAGAACGCCCACAAGUCGGGUACAGCAAAAGGUAUUGGACUACAAAGACUUGAUGAGUACUGAUAAUGACGACUUUAAUAGCUCGCAUUCAUACUUGAGCUUGACUAGCAUCAACAACGAUGCGAGUAGUUCUUUCGCAUAUGCCAUCAAAAAACAGCACGAGAUGAUCAGUUCCCAUUAUACCCUCAUUCGGCUACGUUUUCCUUCGCUGCGUAAAUCCGGAGUUCUAGGCUACAUUUCUCGCCAGGUGAAGCCGGUUGCAAAUCUGGAGCCGAGAGUAGACGUUGUGAAGUUGCAACAGGCUCGAGCCUUUUUACAGUCAACAUGGGACGAAGAAUUGCAAACGUUGGAAAUUACCAAACGUUGA